AUGCUCCCCGACGAGACCGUCCCCGACGCCCUCCUCUCCAGCAUCAAUGCGCAGUACCCCUGCCGCGUGCCACAGCUACUACAACGACGAAGACGACCCGAGCCCACCGUCAAUAAUCGUCCACGGCCUCGAGGCGACCGGCAAGUCGCUGAUCGUGCGGGCGUUCCUGGAGGCCGCGGAGUGCCGCUUCGCAUGGGUGCCGUGCAACGAGUGGGUGUUACGGCGCGGCACCUGACGCAGCGUGUUGCGGCGGCGGUGGGGGGCGGGGAGGAGGCCGGGAGGUGUGAUGGGGUGGGCGCGCUGGCGGUUAUGUUGGCGGCGAUGUGGUUGGCGGUGGUGGUGGUGAUCCCGAACCUGACCGUCAUCUUCAUCGUCUCCGUCUCCAAAGCACGCCUCCUAAGCUCCGCAGAGGUCCCGCAUAUCCACUUCACGCCCUACACAAAAGACGAGAGCAUCAAAGUCCUCUCCAACUCUCCUCCACCACCACCGCCCUCACCGGCAACCACCACCACCAGCGGCGAAGCCUCAGCCUCAGCCGAAACAGAAACCGAAGAUGAAGAAGAAGACGAAUACACCCCCGAGACCGCCGCCGAGGAGCUCUACGUGUGGGAGAAGUUCUGCGGCACCGUCUGGGACUCGCUGGCGAAAGCGCCCCGCCGCGACAUUGUGGCAAUUCCGCGACGCCGUGGAGUCCAUGUGGGACCAGUUUGUGCAGCCCAUCGCGCGCGGCCAGUAUGGGACGAGGAAACUUCUCGCAGCUGUAUCUGCUGCAGAAGGAUGUUUCGGCGCGAGUCGAGUAUU